UUCCCGUACAAUAACAAAGAGCUGUGAUAGAAAAUGACGCGCUUAGGAGUGUUGGUAGUUGUUUUACUAGCGGUGCAAGGCUCACGUAGCAUCAUAUGGCCAUGCGAGGACAACAGUGACUGUAAGGCGGAGAACGCACACUGCUCAAUAUUUGGUUACUGCCAGUGCCCGGCCGGUUAUGUCUUCUCGACCGAUGUCACGCGCUGCCUGCCCGAGUCCGCGUAUGGCGUAGCGUGUCAGGAGGCGGUCCAGUGCUCUCAUAUGCUCACCGGUGCCAAGUGCGAGGCCGGCGUUUGCACCUGUGACAGCGACUACACGUACGUACGCGGCCGCUGCCGGAAGCUGGUGGAUCUUGGCCAACCGUGCAGCGACGAUAUCGAUUGCUUCUUCAGCCACAACCGGGAGUCGGUCGUGUGUCACCGGGGCUCGUGCGAGUGUGCGGACGGGUUCUAUCGGCGCAGCAGCAACGUCUGCCGGCGGCGUGUGACAAAUGGUGAAGAAUGUCUGGUGCAUCAAGACUGUGACGGAGAAAACUUGCGGUGCGUGAACCAGCACUGCACCGAUGCGGCAGCACAAACCCGAUCGUUGCGUGAUGUGGCCAUACAAACGUCGGCGGAAGUUGUGGAAGAAUCGAACGGUGCGGAAGGGCUACCGGCGAAAGAUGCCGCAACGGGAGAACAGGGCACACCAAAGACACGCGAUGCCGAAACGAAUACGGAAACAGUGGCAGCCAGCGGAAAGCGGGUACAGAUCAACACCAAACGGUCGGCGAACGAUUGUGAAAAAUGUCGUAAAUUUGGCGAUCCAUGCGUCGAUGAGGGCGUCGAGUGUCCGGAAGUGCCUUACUCGGUGUGCCGGAUGGGGCAGUGCCACUGUCAGGAUGGAUACUACAAUCAGAACGGCCGGUGUAUGGCCGAACUUGGUGAAUACGCACACGACGUGCAGUACUGCGAUAAUAGUGCGGUGUUCCGGAACAAUCGCUGCACCUGCCGGAAUGAUCAGUUCUACGAUAACAAUAUGCGAAUGUGCCUAAAGUCUGCCCUGGGCAUCAAUACAUCCUGUACGCAGCAGAGUCAGUGCUCCCCGUACGCGGCCUACUGUCCGACCGUGUCACCGAAACGAUGCGCCUGCCAUCCAUACGCCCGAUAUGACGAAGCAACGGAGCUGUGCGUCGAAAAGGAGGGUUACGAAGGAUAUUGCGAGCGGGAUACAGACUGUACGCUGGCCAACUCGCGCUGCUCGAACGAGAAGACGUGUGUCUGCAAGACCAACUAUUUCUACGUCGACGAGCGCUGCAAAGCGUCCAAGGGUGCUGAGUGCGAGACGGAAACGGACUGUGCUUUUGAGGAAGCCGUUUGCGAAUCGCCAAGCGCUUCCGAGGGCGAGAGUGUUGAGCCAAGCGAACCAAAGCAGUGCAACUGCCGGAAGGGACACUUUUACCAGCCGUCGAACAACCGAUGUCUGAAGGAGGCAGAAGAGUAUGGUGAAGAGUGUAGUGCGGACGAACAGUGUCAACCGUUGCUGGGCGAGUUGGGCCAGUGUAUUGAGGGUAAAUGUCAGUGCAAUGAAAACGAGCAUCACUACAAAGAUGGAAAGUGCAACGUGAAGUUAGCCCUCGAUUCACGGUGCUCCAAAACGAGCGAAUGCUUCGUCGAAGAUGACCAGGACAAUGUCGAAUGUCGCAAUUCGGCUUGUCAGUGUAAGUUUGACUACUCCCCGGACGUGGAGCGGCAGAAGUGCGUUAGACCUAGUGGCAAAAAUUCUUCCGAUCGCCCCAGUGCCCUGAAGGUGAUUACACUCAUGCUUACCAGUGCUGCCGUGCUGAUUACGGGUUCUGCUCUACGGGAUGCAUACUACGGCUAGAAAGGGCUGAC